AUGAGGAUGGUGAUGGUGACAUACACUGUGUGCAGUUACAGUUUUCAGGGUGGUGAUGGGGGUUCUGUUGAUGGGGCCAUGAAGGCUGCAAUGGUGAUUGGCCGGCCCGUGAUGGUGCCUUACUGGUCCAUGGGGUUCCAGCUGUGUCGCUAUGGCUAUGAGAACGAUGCUGAGAUCUCCAGCUUGUAUGAUGAGAUGGUGGCUGCCCAGAUUCCCUACGACGUGCAGUACUCAGACAUCGACUACAUGGAGCGGCAGCUGGACUUCACCCUCAGCUCCAAGUUCACUGGGCUUCCAGCCCUGAUCAAUCGCAUGAAGGCGGAUGGCAUGCGGGUCAUCCUCAUUCUGGACCCAGCCAUUUCUGGCAAUGAGACAGAGCCGUAUCCGGCCUUCACUCGUGGUGUGCAGGAUGAUGUCUUCAUCAAGUUUCCCAAUGAUGGAGAAAUUGUCUGGGGCAAGGUCUGGCCAGAUUUCCCGAAUAUUGUGGUGAACAAUUCUCUGGACUGGGACAGCCAAGUGGAGCAAUACAGAGCUUAUGUGGCCUUCCCAGACUUUUUCCGGAACUCGACUGCCCUGUGGUGGAAGAGGGAAAUGAAAGAGCUCCACUCCAAUCCACAGAGCCCAGAGAAGAGCUUGAAGUUUGAUGGCAUGUGGAUUGAUAUGAAUGAACCUUCGAGCUUUGUGAAUGGGGCAGUUCCAUCUGGCUGCAGGGAUACGACUCUGAACCGUCCACCCUACAUGCCACAUUUGGCAGGCAGGGACAGAGGCCUGAGCAGCAAGACCCUGUGCAUGGAGAGCGAGCAGAUCCUUCCAGACGGCUCCCGAGUGCGGCACUACGAUGUCCACAGCCUGUAUGGCUGGUCCCAGACCAGACCCACCUAUGAGUGA